AUGGAGGUCCCCGCUUCUCUGCACGUCAUGCGGGCAUCCUCUCUGCUUCUGCCCUUCCUCAGUUUGCUUGUGCUGGCCUCAGCUCAGUUUACAGUCGUGGGGCCAGCGGGUCCAAUCUUGGCCAUGGUGGGAGAAAAUAUCACAUUACCCUGCCACCUGUCACCUGAGAAAAACGCUGAGGACAUGGAGGUGCGGUGGUUUCGGUCUCAGUUCUCCCCUGCAAUACUUGUGUAUAAGGGCGGGAGAGAGAGGAUAGAGCAGCAGAUGGAGGAGUACCAAGGAAGGACCACCUUUGUGAGCAGAGACAUCAGCCAGGGCAAGGUGGCACUGGUUAUCCACAACAUCACAGCACACGAGAAUGGCAAGUACUGCUGUUACUUCCAGGAGGGCAGGUCCUAUGAUGAGGCCAUCAUGCAUGUCAGGGUGGCAGGCCUGGGCUUCAAGCCCCUCAUAGAAAUGAAGGGCCACAAGGACGGGGGCCUCUGGCUGGAGUGCACAUCUGCAGGGUGGUAUCCAGAACCCCACGCAGUGUGGAGGGACCCCUAUGGUGAGAUCACUCCCUCCUUGGAGGAAGCCUGCACUGUGGACAGAGAUGGCCUCUUCACAGUCACCAUGGUUGUGAUUAUCAGAGACUCUUCCGUGAGGAACAUGACCUGUUCCAUCAGUAACAUUCUGCUUGGCCAGGAGCUGGAAACGGUGAUUUUCAUCCCAGAGUCCUUCACACCCAGCCUGUCUCCCUGGACAGUGGUUCUGGCUGUCAGCCUCGCUAUUCUGAUUCCCUUCAUGUCUGGUACAAUCUGCCUCAUCAAGAAACUCCACAGGGGAAAAAAGAAUGAGUCAGAAGAAAAAGAUAGUGAAUAUGAAGAAAGAGAAAAUGCACGUAAGAAACUGGGGCAAGAGAAUGUGUGGAAAAAAGAAACAGAACAGCAAAUAAAAGAGCAACUUCAAGAGGAGCUGCGAUGGAGAAGAAGCCUUGUACAUGCUGCCGAUGUGGUUCUGGACCCAGACACUGCUCAUCCAGAACUCUUCCUGUCAGAAGACAGGAGAAGUGUCCGCCGGGGCCCCUCCCGGCAGAGCCUGCCUGACAAUCCAGAGAGGUUUGAUUGCCGGCCCUGUGUCCUGGGCCAGGAGAGCUUCUCCUCAGGGAGGCACUACUGGGAGGUGGAGGUGGAGAAUGUGAUGGUAUGGGCCAUCGGGGUUUGUAGAGAUAGCGUUGAGAGGAAAGGGGAGGCCCUGCUGCUUCCCCAGAAUGGAUUCUGGACCCUGGAAAUGUUUGGAAAUCAGUAUCGGGCCCUGUCCUCCCCAGAGAAAAUUCUUCCCAUGAAAGAGCACCUUUGCCGUGUGGCUGUUUUCCUGGACUAUGAAGCUGGAGAUGUUUCUUUCUACAACAUGAGAGACAGGUCACACAUCUACACAUGUCCCCUCUCAACCUUCUCUGGGCCUCUGAGGCCCUUUUUCAGACUGGGUUCCGAUGACAGCCCCCUCUUCAUCUGUCCAGUGUUCACAGGGGCCCAGGGAGUCGUCAUACCUGAGGGUGGCCUGAUUCUACACAGGCCAAGGACCUGCCCACAUCAGGACCAGUUCUCUGGUCUCAGAGCCAUGUAAGAAAGCCAUGAUCUUCUCUGCUACCAUGGCACUUCACCACCUUCUUCCCUUUAGUCACAGGAGAGAGUAUCUUCUACCUGCCUCACACCUAGCUUAGGCCCAGCCCAGUCCUCCCCCUCUGAAGGCCUUAGUGGCUAUGCUGGUUGGAGCAGGCUGAGUAUUCUUAGAGAACGGCAGAAGUUACACAGCUUGAAGCUGGAGAGAACAUGUGAGAGGGCAAUGGACAGAAGUAGUGAUUUGAUACCAGGGUGAGGAGGUUGAGCCAACUGGUACACUAUGAACAUGAGCAAGAACUGUGGGAAGUACCAGGAUGUGAGAAGCGCAUAAUCUCCAAUGUGGAAGACGAUGACAAUAACACACAGAAGUGGACCAGG